UCAUCUAGCUAAAUCGCGGGUUGAAUAGGUCAAAUAAGCUCUUAAUUAUUAAUACUCUCUUGAAAAUUCAAUCACCAUAUUGGGUUAUCGAGUCUAUCCCAGUGAAGCUUUUCCCUACCAGCUAUCGUCACUGAGGCAAUUCCAUGACGGUUGAUGUUAGACAAGGAGCAAUAAAGAAAGGAUUGGAGAAGAUCUGAUUCGGACGUGAAAGUGCAAGCGGUAAACGUUCGCUGAUGGAGACAUGAAAGGAUCAUUGGCGAGGCGGAGCUCCCGGAGAUGGGUGAUGAUGAUCAUCUAGGAUUAAUGCAGACUCAGUCCUAUCCUCCUUUUUGUUGACGGAGAGAACAAAUCCGAGAAUAAAUUACUAGAGAGUGGGAGGAUGAGCGGUGGUCGCGGAAAGGGAAAGGAAUCAGUGAAGCUGGACGACGAGCAGCUGGCCGAGCUGAGGGAGAUCUUCAGGUCAUUUGACCGGAACAACGAUGGCAGCCUGACGCAGCUAGAGCUGGGUUCGCUCCUCCGGUCGCUGGGGCUGAAGCCAAGCCCUGAUCAGCUGGAGGCUCUCAUCCACAAGGCCGACCGGAACAGCAACGGCCUUGUCGAGUUCUCUGAGUUUGUGGCCCUGGUAGAGCCUGACCUCAUUCCUGCCAAGUGCCCCUACACCGAGGAUCAGCUCAAGAAGAUCUUCCACAUGUUUGACAGGGACGGCAAUGGAUACAUCACGGCUGCCGAGCUCGCUCACUCCAUGGCCAAGUUGGGGCAUGCCCUCACCGCUGAGGAGCUGACAGGGAUGAUCAAGGAGGCCGACACCGAUGGCGAUGGAUGCAUCAAUUUCCAGGAGUUUGUCCAGGCCAUCACUUCUGCUGCCUUCGACAAUUCCUGGGGUUAGCAUUCCAACAACUAGAAUCAAUUAACAUACUGUCGGAACUUCCAAUGCCGCAUAGCAUCAUUUCUAGAUUUCAUGUGACCUUUUUCUUUGCUCUUGGAUUGUGUCUAUUCUAGUUCCGUUAUCGAUAACCUUGUCAUCAAAAGGAACCAGAAUGCGUGAAGGAAGAGAAAGAAAUACCAGAUGAACGAUUCUGGAGUAUUGGUUUCUGGGUUAUUCCUUUGAUAUAAUUGGGGUAUCUGUUUGAUGUCU